CAGUAACGCCCGCACCCUAGCUAGUCUAGCAGGGCGCUGCGCGUCUACCACUUCCUAGCUGUCUUCUGUGUCUCCUCCACAGGAAGCAGUAUGGCUCCCGUGUUCGGGGGAGGCCUGGACAUCCGCUCCCUGCUGGGCACCAUAGUCAACUUGAUCAAGAGCAGAGCCAACCAGAUAUGCGCUGCUACGUGCGACGGACUUGUCCUCAGGAUGCAUUACCGCUGGACUUUCUGCUACCUCCUGGGCCAGUUCCUCUCAGUGUGGUACUCGUGGUACUAUCGCUCAGUCAUCACCUGUGUGUCACACUUUAACGCUGAGACGCAAAUCCGCCUCGACUACAUGAACAUCUGCCUCUCCUAUCCUUACAUCGACGAGAACGGUUCCAGGCGCUAUUUACUCUUUUACCGCUGGGUGUCCUGGUCGUUCCUUCUCCUGGCUGCAGUAUAUUACAUCCCACGAAAAGUCUCCAAAAUAUUUGACAACACGAGAUGCAAAAAGCUUAUAGAAGACCUAGCGAGUCAGGCCCCUCGCUACGACCUGACGGAGCGAGAACUCGUGGAACGGGCGGCCAGAUACAUCCUAUAUAACCUCAGAACUCACAAUGGUCUGUACUGGAAAUAUCUCUCUGUCAAUGUAUUAGCGUUAAUGGUUGACAUUUUUGCUAUAUACUUUCUAGACUUCAUCUUGCAAGGGCGAUUUAUUCAGUAUGGUUUCAAGUCUUAUCCCUUUGACAGAGACCCAUGGAAAUUCACAGACUACAUGUCACAAACUUUUCCACCUUUCGCUUCCUGUGAGCUUACUCCUACCAAUAAACUGGUGAAUAAACGCAAUGAAAAAUUUGGUUGCCACCUAACUAUCAUGGAACUCUAUGAGAAAGUGUUUUUAGGUUUGUGGUUGUGGUUGAUCAUAUUAACCUUCAUCACCUGUUGUUACAUUUUGUAUCUCGUCUUGAUGUGGGUUCCCAGUGUGCAAGUGUAUAUUCUACAUACCGCCAAGCCUGCUUACGUCAAUGACAGAAUUCGGGAAACAGUACAAGGCGUGGCGAACAACUGCAAGAUUGGCGAUAUUUAUCUCUUAUAUCGCCUGAGGCAGCACCUCAGCCAUGCGAGGUUCUACGAAUUGAUGAACAGACUGUCUGAUCCCAACCUACUGAAGACAAAGGUGCAGCAGGCAGGGCUAAGCACCCCAUCAAACAUCAGAGGUAAAGUGACGUCCCUCACUCCGGCUGACAUGCUGAAGGGAAGACGUCCCCAAGACCCUCACAUGAGCCCUAAAUACCUUCACCAUCUGCCUCACGUGGCCCAAGAUCCACUCAUGAACCCUAGGUACCUCAACCAGCUGCUCGACAACCCUGACAUAAUGGGACUGGGCAGACAUCAACAUCACCCACACUAUCGCACACCACGCAUCAAAAACACCAAUAUCUUCAUUGAAUAGUUCAUACUGAUUUUUAUAUUAUACAUAAUUCAUAUUUUUAAUUGGCAUUAGGAGUAUCAUAAUUUUAAUUGAAUGUUUUUAUAUUGUAUUAUAAGUUAUUAAUAAAUUUUAUAUGCAUAUA